AGUGGUUACGUAAAUUAUCCCUUGGUAAUAAUACGGGCGUGUUCUCCGUAUUUUCCGGGUCAACCCACUUUUCCGCUCUGCUGCCGAUGUCGUUUUCGCCCCAUCCCAAUUUCAUCACUCCCCUUCCCUAUCCUCCUCCUAUCCUUCUCCCGCUACCCCUCUUCACAGAAAGCAAUGUCUCCCUUCAGUCCUUAUUUGCAACUAGAGCUAUCCCUUUAUUUCCGCCUCUCCUCUCGAUGAGACGCCUCAAUUUCCUUUUUAAUACGUCAGCGGCAUAUAUUCUCUGCCCCGAAAUACGAUUGGGUAUAUACCUGAUUUGGACGACACGUUUUUAAUCUAGACGCGUGUUGCUAAGCAGGCGGUAUUUUUCGUCUUGUCUCUCCUGCUUCGGAAUAUCUAAAUAUAUCCGUGUACAGUUGCAAUUGCAAAUUCGUUUCUUUCAAUAGCUAGGAUGGCGUCAUCUCUGGUUCAGCAAGUGGAAACAGUCCCCGUUUCCAGCACAUCUCACCCAGGCAAUCCAAUCCCGGAAGAACCUACAACACUACCACACCUCAAAAUAAUUCAUCCACUGCCAGUUGGCUCACUGGAUACCCAUUCAUCCUCUGUAUCUAUUGGAACAGCAGAGCCAUUUAGUGGCACGGACACCCCCUCAACCCCGGGAACCGAACAAUCAACAGAUGAUGUCACGGAGGGGAUCUUAGACCUUACUAUCGGUUCAAAAUCACCUCCAUUGACUUCUAAACGUCGGAGACGGGCGUCUACUGUAUUGAUAUCACAGAGCUCCGAGGAUGUCGAGAAAAUCCUAGGCAGUGGUAAGGGCGGUACACAUGUUCUUGAAAAGAUUUGCUGUGGUGGAGGAUGCUGCAAGCUUCAGCCUCUCCAAGAGCCUGCGUCGUCGUCCUCGAUUCACCCUGUCAUAAAACCAAAGAAUAAGGCAUUCGAAAGCUUGAAACUACAACUAGGCCAGUUAUCGCAUGACAGUAUUCUGACGAAUAUUACCCCCUUGCCCGUGAAGACCGUGUCGUUUUCUCCCGUUCCAAAGGACUUGGCCGAUAAAGAAUCAGGCCCAGCAGAUCACCCACCUACAUUCGUCCAACCGCAUCCCCCUUACGAGGUCUUCCGUGCACCCCUUCAUCAUGCUCGAGAGUUGACCAAGCCCGGCGCCGAAAAGCGUACUUAUCAUUUCGAUAUCGAUGUUACAGACUACCCUGCUGAGGGUGGUGAUGUCGACUUCGUGGUUGGAGGUGCAAUUGGCAUCUGCCCCCAAAAUUCAGAUGCGGUGGUAGAUGAAAUUUUCAACCUCCUUAGCAUUCCGAAAACGGUCCGAGAUAGGAAGGUGAUGGUCAACACCACCAACGGUCGAUGGCCUACUGUUUGGGGGGAUGAAAAGGCCCGAAGCCUGUUAACCACCAGACGUGAAUUGCUUUCGUGGUGCUCUGACCUCCAGAGCUACCCUCCUACAAAACAAAUUUUCCGACUCCUAGCAGAGUACGCCACGGAUCGGGAUGAGAAGAAGAUAUUGAUGUUCCUUUCAUCGGCACAAGGCCAGGGGGCGUUCUGCGACCUUCGAACUGGCCAACAUACCACAGUACCUCAACUCCUAUCUGCAUUCCCCUCCGCGCAGCCUCCUCUGGAUUACCUACUCUCCAUCCUCAAUACUCUUAUGCCACGAUUCUAUUCCCUUUCCCAAGAUCCGCUCGUCUCAUGCAAUAUUCGCGACGGCAACGGAAAAUGCAAGCGACUGAUCGAGAUCGCCGUCACUGUCCACGAAGCCCCUGAUUGGCGCGGUGGGAAAAGAACUGGUGUGGGCUCUGGUUUCCUGGAGCGGAAAGCAAAACAGCUUCUUCACGCUGAGCAAUUGGGUGACGACAUCUCGUCCCUAAACUUGCACAUCCCAAUGUUCCGUGGCCUGAUGUCCAACCCUCUCGCGCGUGAAUUUGUUUCAGAUGGACCUAUGCUUCUCAUUGGCGCUGGAGUCGGUGUUGCCCCUUUCCGUGGAUUCGUCCAGCGACGUUUGAAGUCUGCGAACUGUGCCAACAAGGUGUGGGUUCUUCAAGGGAUCCGUGACUCAUUGCUCGAUGAACUCUACUCCGGUGAAUGGGGUGUGCAUGAAGAAACAGUGAAGAAGGUCGUCCAGAGCCGGAGCGGUGAGGGCAGAUAUGUGCAGGAAGAGGUGCGCAACCAAGCUGAUCUUGUAUGGUUCGUCAUCAAUUCGCUUGAUGGACGCGUUUUCGUCUGCGGGAGCAGUAAGGGUAUGGGCGAAGGCGUUGAGGCUGCGUUGGUAGAUGUUGCUAUGGCCAAGGGAAAUCUCAAUCGCGAAGAAGCGCAGCAUUUCUGGCAAGGCAAGAAGGAUGCGGGCCAAUAUAUCGCGGAAACGUGGUAAAAAUAUCACGACGCCAUUUAUACGAGCACCUACAUCCUUAAGCGCCAGUCGUCAUAUAUACCUAUUCCACUCCGCAAGCUAGCUACUAGAUUUUAUGUUCUAGUUUCUCAGCAUUUCACAUCCUCUCGCCACUCAAGCUACAUUACCUUUAAUUAAAGCAGUCUUCUACCUUACGUCGAAUUGAGCAUGUUAGCAUUUGAGCACGAGCUAGCGACGCAGUUUAAAGUCUUUGGAGAUCUCUAACCUUCACAACAUCCAACCAACUUCACCUUACCAGCUUCCCAAGCUCCCUAGGCUCUAGUUGGAUCCUACCUCUUGCACUCCUCUUUCUUCUCACACUCUCCCCUCCUGGCAAAGAAAAUGCCACAUUUCCCAAAGCCAUGGUUUGUUUGGUUGGGCUUUUGUUUUUGAUAUAGCUAUCCUAGAUAUUUAUAUAUCUAUUGUCUACCUUUACCCUACACGUUAAGUGAUGACGAUUCCAGGGUUUGGAAACGGAAAAGAACAUUUUACGUUUCCUUACAGCAUUAUUCGCUGCCCGAUGUAUUCUUCCCCGUUGUAUGUUUUUUUUUUUUUUUUUUUUUUUUUUUUUUUUUUUUUUUUUUUUUUUUUUUUGGUUCCUUCGUUUUGGCUAGUAUAUAUAUAUUAUAUUUUCUCUUGUUCAUGGGAGGCGGCUAUGUUUAGGUUAGUUCUUCGUUCACAUAUUACUAUUGUCUCUUUUUGAAUAUCUUAGAUUUUUAGAGAGACGCCUCUUCUUCAAUGAUAUACAGAGAUUUCGGAAGAACCUCAUUCCACCUUAGCUCACUUUAACUACGGCUGGGCCCCUUUUUCCGCAACACUUUUUAAUUGCCUGAUUCGGUUUCUUUUUUGGGUAUUGCUUUGGGGCUUCUUGUUUCACUUAAAAGAUCAUUGAUCUGUUCAAUGUAUGUGAACUGUUGAUUAUUUCCAAGGUUAAAUCCAACACCACCUGACUACCUAUUUAUUGCUUACUGUUCGUUUGUUUGUUCACCCUCGUUUAGUUUGAUUGUAUGGCUCAUUCUUUCUCACUCAGUGUGUAUUUCAUGCAAUACCACUGAUAUUUAAAAUGGUUAAUGAAGCGUGGCUCCCAUCCCAAAGGCUUGGAUCUGCCGAAUCACUGACCUUAUUGAUUCCAUUCUUUUAAUACUCCACUCCGUUUGUUCAAGCUGGAAGCUUUCGUAGUGACGUUCGCGGCGGCUGCGCAUGCAGAGGAGUGCCUUUGCUGAGGAGUUGGGGAGAAAUUAUGCCGUGGUUUACCUGUUAUUUGGGUAUUGAACCCCAUAGAGAAGGAGGAAGCGGGGGGGUGAGGGGCCUCUUUAAAUGUAUGGGUAUAGCUCGAGUUUUGGCGGAUGGGCGGGAAAAUCUUGGGUGCAAGUUAGGUUGAGGAUAAGGACUGUGCGCAAAGAGUAAGGAGUGAAAAGAGAAAAGAGCAACAGGAAAAAAUACAAUUCGUUUAUUCUUCACCUUGUUUCCUUACUUCAUGAUUAUUCUCCGUCCCGUUUGAAACUCGCGAGAAAGGAGCAGCUGAAAUGCAUGUAUGUACUGCACGCGUGUGAAUUGUUUGGUUUAAUGAGGCCAAACAACCUCCGCAGCACUGGUUUCUCGAAACAACCCUCCCUCACUUCUAAAGUGGUUCUGCUGCAUUCUCCGGCAUCUCGAUUUCUUUCCCCUUGUCGUUCAGAAAUAUAAGCUCGAAUAAACGGGUAAUGCAGAUGUAGGCGCCUCUAGCAAACCGGAUAUCGACUAUGUGUGUGUAUUUCUAACAUCUCAAGAGAAACGCUGCAUAAAACUAGAGUUUUGAACUUGCC